AUGGAGCCCGUCGUUCCAGCAGAGGUCAUUGCCGAGCUCACACAGAUUCUUUCCAAUCUUGUCCUGGGCGACAACGAGAUUCGUUCCAGUGCUGAACGAGCCGUAAACGAACGCCUCUCCCAGACGCCAGAGGUUUAUCUUCUCGCUCUGACUGAGUUUGCUACGUCUGCUGACACUGAGGUGAUGCGCUCCUUCUCCUUAGUUCUCCUUCGCCGCCUCCUCUUCCGCCCUGCCCCCACGCAAACAACCAAAAGCGGUUCUAUGACUCUCUACGACCAUCUCUCCGUACAAACCCUCGCCACCGUCGAGCGUCUCCUCCUUCACUCCCUUUCUCAUGAACCAUCCGAAGUCGUUCGCCGCAAAGCCGUCGACACCAUUUGUGACAUUUCCAACAAUUCUAUGACUCGUGGUAGACCAUGGCACGCUCUCCAGGCCCAGGCGUUUGCCAUGACCCAAAGCGCCGAUCCGAUCGCCCGAGAAAGCGCUUUUCGUGUCUUCGCCGGGUGUCCCAAUCUCAUCGUCGACCUUCAAACGGAAUCAGUCCUAAGUCUACUACAGAAGGGUCUUCAGGAUCCGCAGAGUGUCGAGGUUCGACACGCUGCUUUGCGAGCGUCUGUGUCCUAUCUGUCCUCGUCCGACUUGCAUCAAAUUGCACAAUCCCUCUCACUUAUGUACCCCAUGCUAGACACCUUACCAGCACUUCCGCACUCGCAGCUUCCGAGAUUCCUCAACACCCUCACGCCUCUUACAACCUCAUCUCCUCAAAUAUUUACCCCACAUCUACCCGCGCUUCUUCGUUUCCUCCCUGCCCUCAUACUGCCCUCUGCCGAUCCCGGCCCCACGCCUACCGUCGCACGUCCAUUCCCGAGCCCUCAGUCGGCAUUCACCUUUCCGCCGGUCGUUGGAAACGGGAAGGAGAAGGAACAUGAUGCUGAUGACUUAGAUGAAGAGGCCGAAGAGGUUAGGAAGGCUGCGCUGGAGUUCAUGAUCAGCUUGAGUGAGGCUAAGCCAGGAAUGGUCCGACGGGUGGAAGGCUGGGUAACGGCUGUUGUGAGAGGAUGCUUAGGAGGGAUGGGAGAGUUAAGGGAGGACGAGUUGGAGGUGUGGUUGGAGGCCGAUCCUGCUGAAGAUCCCACGGAUGACACAUAUCCCCAUGUUUACGAGCAAUCCCUUGACCGCCUGGCAUGUGCGCUCGGAGGAAAGGCUGUCUUGCCCGCCGCCUUUCAGCACAUACCCGGGAUGCUGGCAUCGCAUGAUUGGAGGCUUCGCCAUGCCGGCUUGAUGGCCAUCGCAGCUGUCGGUGAAGGUACGAGCAAGGUCAUGCAAAACGAGUUAGGCAAAGUUGUUGAACUCAUUAUCCCAUUAUUUAAUGAUGCAUAUCCGCGGGUACGUUAUGCUGCGUGCCAAUGCGUCGGGCAGCUAUGUACCGAUUUAGAGGAAAUUAUACAAGAGCAAUACCAUCGACAGCUAUUCUCUGCCCUUAUACCCACACUCGAAGCGCCUGAAGCGAGGGUACACGCCCAUGCCGCAGCUGCCCUCAUCAACUUUUGCGAAGGUGUCGAACGGGAUACUCUCAUCCCAUACCUAGACCCCAUCGUCGAGCGUCUUUUGAAAUUAUUGAACCCUGCGACCGACAGUGGUAGACAGGUGAAACGUUAUGUGCAGGAGCAAGCAAUCACGACACUAGCUAUGGUGGCGGACGCAAGCGAGACGACGUUCGCUAAACAUUAUACUUCAAUUAUGCCUCUGUUGCUUAACGUUCUCCGCAACGCGAGCACGGCGGAGUACCGGAAAUUAAGAGUAAAGGCAAUGGAAUGCGCUGGAUUGAUCGCCAUCGCUGUAGGCCGCGAUGUGUUCCGUGGAGAUGCAAACACUUUCGUCGAGCUCCUUGUUCGAAUACAGAACAGCCCCGUAGAUCCAAGCGACACGAUGCUUCCGCACUACCUGAUUGCAACUUGGGCGAAGGUAUGCCAGGCCAUGGGACCCGAGUUUGAGCCCUACCUCCCAGUUGUAAUGCCUCCUUUGCUGCGCGCGGCAAGCGUCAAGGCUGAUGUAUCUAUCUAUGAUGAUGAUGAAGUGCCCGAAGACAAGGAAGGAUGGGAAACGAUCACGAUGGACGGACAGCAAGUCGGUGUACGGACAUCUGCGAUUGAUGAGAAGUGCCAGGCAUUCGAGACUUUGGUGAUCUACUGCUCGACUCUCGGCUCUCAAUUCUCUCCUUACCUAUCUCAAAGCCUGGAGCUGGUCUUGCCGUCUCUGCGCUUCUAUCUUCACGAUGGCGUACGGGAAGCUUGCGCCAUGAUUCUUCCGAUGUUGAUUGCCUGUGGCAAAAAUAGCGGCACCCUCACCAAUCAGAUGGUGUCUGCAACAUUUUCACAGCUCAUUCACUGCAUCUCGACAGAGAGCGAUGCAUCGUUCCUGUCCUCUCUCUACAAAUGCAUUGUAGAUUGCCUUCGCAUCCUCGGCGGUCCCUCUGCGCUUCCAUCGGAGCUGCAUGCCAGCGUCCUGGAAGCGACGAAGCGGCAGCUGCAGACGAUCGCUGACAAAAGAAAGGUGCGCACUGCGCGACCGCAAGCGGAGAUCGAGGACGAAAAGGAGGAUCUGGCGUUGAUCGAGGAGAUGGAGGAGUUUGCGCUCGAAGAUAUCAGCAAGCUGUUGUCAAUGUUCGAUCCAAAUCAUUCGCUCUUGAUCGCCAUCUCGAGCGUGAGAGAGCUCGGAUUAGGACUUGAUGCAUGGGAUAGCGAGGAAGGGGGUGAAGGAUGAGAGGGAGAGGAAGAUGUCCAUAGUCAAUGCUGUAUCCUUUCCAACCUUUUGUUUGCUAACCAUGCUUGCUGUUUCAGUAAUAUUGCGAAUUUCAGUUGUAUUGCACGUC